AAGCCAGAAAUUGAGAAGGGCCCAAAGCCCAAAACCAUGAAAACAAAAACCCUAGCGCAUUAGCUAUAUCCCAAUCGAACCCUUUGCACCCUUACAUUUGCUACCUCCGCCUCUGCUCUAACAUCACAGCACACACAUUCACUUCUCUGCAGCAGAAAAUGCCGUUCAAGAGGUACGUCGAGAUCGGGAGGGUGGCCCUCGUCAACUACGGAAAAGACUACGGAAAGCUUGUCGUCAUCGUCGAUGUUAUCGACCAGAACAGGGCUCUUGUUGACUCACCUGACAUGGUAAGAAGCCAGAUGAAUUUCAAGAGGCUUUCUCUUACAGACAUCAAAAUUGACAUCAAGAGGGUGCCGAAGAAGAAGACUCUUGUUGCUGCUAUGGAGGCUGCUGAUGUUAAGGGAAAAUGGGAAAGCAGCUCUUGGGGCAGAAAGUUGAUUGUUCAGAAGAGAAGGGCUGCCCUCAACGAUUUUGACCGGUUUAAGCUUAUGUUGGCCAAGAUCAAGGUAACAGCGGCAUAUAACAUUUGUUAUUCAUGUAUGCUUCCUGAGUUUGUUCAACAAAUUACUAUUUAAAAUUAAUAACAAAGAUGUUGAAGAACUAAAAUGAUCCAAAAAUUAACAAUUUCAUCAUGAGAAUGUAACAAAUUACUAUUUCAAAUUAACAAAGAUGUCGAAUAACUAAAAUAAACAAGUAUUUUGUUAAAGAUCAAUGUAGUACUUUUAUCAUUUGCAGCAAAGCAUGUCAUCACUGAGUUUUUGUGUUGCUUGACAUGGAUCUUUUGCAUAUCUUGGAUCCUCUAGUACUUUAUCUUCCUGGGAAUUUAUGUCAACUGACUUUCAAAAGGCUGAUAUUUUCUCUCUUAUUUGCUUUACAGAAAGCGGGAGUUGUCCGACAAGAGCUGGCUAAGCUUAAGAAAGAGACUGCUGCAUGAGUAGUAUAGAUUUUGGUUUUUGGUUUUUGGCUUUUGGUGUAGGAUUUUGAGACUUGUAUUUGUUUCUUUUGCAGCCCUUAUGUUUCAUAUUUUCUUGUUUUGAGUAAUCAUUAUUUUCACUUAACCUUUUACUGUUUUGGCUCUUUAAACAAAAUUAUCGUAUUCCAUUGUGAUCUUUGUUAA